UUGAGAAGUACACGACUGCGCAUUUUACGAAGUAAGAAAAUUUAGAAAUUCAGAAGUUUUUCCGUUUCAUUGAUUUACAAAUUAUGAAUGAGUUAAUUGAGAUCGUGGAGACUGAAGAACGUAGUGAAAAAAAUACAGAUGAGCUCACUAAGAAAGCUCCUUAUCAUGAGACUUUGCAAAAUUUUAGUCAUCUUUUUUGGCUCAUAGUCUUCUAUUUGGUGGAAGGAUAUGACUUAUAUCAAUUUUCCCAGCGGAAAUCAAAUCCCAAUUAUCAUGGUCAUGGAGUGAUGAUUGGUGUUCUCAUGUAUAUUUCUCUACAGCUACUUACAUUUCGUCAAUGUCGCAAAAUAAUAGACUGGAAAUAUAAAAGUAAAAUUUUCCCUUCGUUCGGCACACCGGAAAUAAUCAUGGCUGUACUGUCACUUUUAACUUUGUACGCAUCUUACUUUACGUUCAAAGAGGAUUUAAUGAAGAUAUGUGGAUGGAAAUGCCCAUUAUUAUCAUUAAUAUUAGGCAUGACAAUUGGAUUUUGUGUUGGGUGGGCGUUUUAUUUGUGUAUAAAUUCUCUGGAAUCUACACUGAAAAAAAAGUAUUUUUCCUCCUGGAAUCCAAAGUAUACUUUAAGUUUUUCUAUGAUAUGUAAACGUUUUUCUACUGAAAAAAACCUGGUAUGAUUCUCACAGUGAUACCGAGUUUUAUCCAAUUCAAUUUUUGAAUCCCGCAUUUUUACCUCAUGUCAUUAUAAGAAAGAAAUAAGAGUGCAAGUGUGAAAAAAUAGUAAAAUAAGGCGAGCAAUAUUCUUGUUCAUGAGUAUUGAAUUAUUGAUUAAUAUUUAUUCAUUUUUCGUCUCAAUUGUUAAUUAUGUGUCUGUUAUAAUGAAACAUGUUCCUAUUUACAUAAAUCCAUGCAUGUCAAUAAAGUAAAAUUAAGUUCGUUUUAUUUAAAUUAUGGUAUUACACUGUAAAAAAUCACCGGGGUAAGUCCAAGGGGUGUAGGUGUUAAAAUUAUCGGUGUUAAAUUUACUCCUGAAAGCGGUGUUAAAAUAACGCCGCCACCGGUGUAAAUAUUCUAGACCGGUGUUAAAAUAUUUUACUUUGUGAAUAUUUUUACUUACUCGAUCACUGUACUUGUUAAUAAAUGAUAUUUUUUAUUAAUUUUCAUAAAGAACUGACAUUUUUUGUGUUUUAUAAUCUUUAAAGUUAAUACUCCAAGCGAACGCAAUUUACCCCGCUUUUACACCGGUGUAAUUUCAUUUUUACACCGGGCGGAGUUAAAACGAGUCCAUUUUUAACACCGCUCUUUUUACAGUGUAUGCCUACAGCAAUACCGAGUAUUGCUACCAGAACAAAAAAUUUACCGGGAGGAAAAAUACUUUUUUUUCAGUGAACAGGGUACGAAAAUCAGAGGAAUUUUUCCUAUGCUUGAUGAGAAUGAUUCCCAUACUAUUAUUGGGAUGGUUCCCAUAUCAUUAUAAUGUAAUGUAAAUAUG